CUCUCACAGGCAUUUCCUCAAACACUUGACGUGCAAAAUUAAUUCCUCCUCACCUUCCCAUAAACACACAGAGGACAGAAACAUAUUGUUCCAUUUCCAUUCCCGUUCCUAGAUUCCAACAAAACCCACCAAUGGCCAGAGCAGGAUUCGUUCGGAUUCUGAGCGUUCUGAUCAUCGCCGCUGCGGUUAUGAUUCAGAUGCUUGGUUGCGGAGUGGAAGCUCGGCCGUUCAAUAUAUUGAAGCAGUGUACCGAUGCGCAGAGUGGCGGGAGCUGGUGGGCCGAUGCGGCUUUCUGGGACGGGUUGGCCCUUGGAGCGGUGAAGCAAUCCGGGCCCAGCCCGGGCGUGGGGAACAGCUUCACCGAUGCUGCGAACGAUGGUCCCAGUCCUGGAGUGGGGCACUGAUCAUAUAUUAACUUAAUUAAAAUUGGUUCCUUAG